AUGGCAAGCACAUACCAUCAGGCGUUGCGCGCCUCCGUUGAAAUCACACUGCGACAAGCAGUCGAUAGCAAUCGCUUCAUCGGCUUGAGCUUCGUGAGUGUCUCGAGAAGUGGCGAGAUGCUUUACUCCGGCGCCCAUGGCCAUCGAGACUUCGCCAAGACCAUCCCGAUGGACGUUUCGACUUCGGGCUUCAUGGCCUCCAUGACGAAGCUGAUGACUUCAGUGGCAGUCAUGCAGGUUGUUGAACGAGGUCUCGUUGGUCUGGACGACGAUCUUGGUGCAAUUGUACCGGAGCUGAGCGAUAGAAUGGUGCUCGUUGCUUUCGAUACUGUUUCCAAGAGUGCCACAUUUGAGAAGCCCAGGGAGAAGAUCACUCUGAGGAGACUUCUGACCCAUACAAGCGGCUUCACGUAUGACGUGAACAACGCGACUCUCCUGGCGUGGGCUGAGGCGAACGGAAAGGACAAAGAGAUUUUCUCUGGUGAAUGGAAAGCAUGGGAGCGCCCACUCGUCUUCCACCCAGGCUCCGGCUGGAGUUACGGACAAGGUCUCGACUGGCAGGCAGGUCUGGAGCAGUACAUGCAAGAGAAUAUCUGGUCGCCACUCGGCAUGUCGAAUACAACUUUUCGUCCUGAGUGCCGAGAGACGUACCCAAUGCUGGAAGUCGGCUUUCGUGUAAAUGGCGCGCUAGUGCCAGGCCAGUCUCCGUUUCCGAGACCAGCACGGCACGAUAUGGGUGGAGGGGGAAUUCAUUCCAACGCCCAUGACUAUGCACUGUUCUUGGCGGCGUUGCUCGUGGACGACAGUCCUCUGCUCAAGCGCUCGAGCCUGGAGGAAUUCCUGCGACCACAACUCGGGCCAAGCAGCAGGCAUGAACUUGCCCAGAAGCGACAGCUCGGUCUUGUACAGCCGGAUGUACCGAGCAGUGUUCGCGUUGACCAUUGUCUUGGAGGGCUGAUAAACGUGGAUCCGAUCCCAGGCCGAAGAAGUGCAGGGAGCGCGUGCUGGGACGGUAUGACGAACUCGCAUUGGUCGUUAGAUCGUACGACGGGCGUGACGAAUGUUCUGUUCGUGCAGGUGUUGCCUUCACCAGACUGGGUGACGAAAGAGCUUUGGACAGACCUGGAAACCCAGGUUCACGAAUACCUCAUGAAGGGAACGGGAUGCGUUGAGGCCGUUCCCAUACAACGCCCUAUCGCAGCUGUAGUCGAAGAGAAGCCAGCGUUCCGUGUCCUGGACCGCUCGUUGGACAUUGUUGAGUGA